GUCUUUCUAGAGUGAAGCCGCUGAUUGGUCUGUUAGUGAGCAAUCAGGUAGCUGGAUACUGCCUGGUGAGUGUGCGGAGGAAGACUGAAGUGAAAGUGCCGUCUCACCGCCGGAGUCCGCUCAGCACUGUCAGACAUGAGUUCUAUCGGGACCGGGUAUGAUCUGUCGGCUUCUACGUUCUCACCAGAUGGCAGAGUGUUUCAGGUUGAAUAUGCAGCUAAAGCAGUGGAAAACAGUAGCACGGCCAUCGCCAUCAGAUGUAAAGAUGGCGUUGUGUUUGGCGUAGAGAAGCUCGUGUUAUCUAAACUUUAUGAAGAAGGUUCUAACAAGCGCAUCUUCAAUGUGGAUCGGCAUGUUGGCAUGGCUGUCGCUGGACUCUUAGCAGACGCUCGUUCCUUGGCAGACAUUGCUCGAGAGGAAGCUUCUAACUUUAGAUCGAACUAUGGCUAUGACAUUCCAUUAAAGCAUCUUGCAGACAGAGUGGCCAUGUAUGUACAUGCCUAUACAUUAUACAGCGCUGUCAGACCAUUUGGAUGCAGCUUUAUGUUGGGAUCUUACAAUGAAGAUGAUGGGGCUCAGUUGUACAUGGUCGACCCAUCAGGUAUAUCCUAUGGCUAUUGGGGAUGUUCCAUUGGGAAAGCCAAACAGGGAGCCAAGACAGAGAUUGAAAAACUUCAGAUGAAAGACAUGACAUGUCGUGAAGUGGUGAAAGAAGUAGCAAAAAUAAUCUAUAUUGUUCAUGAUGAAGUAAAAGAUAAAGCCUUUGAACUGGAGCUGAGUUGGGUUGGAGAAAUAACCAAUGGAAAACAUGAAGUAGUACCAAAAGAGAUCAGAGAAGAAGCAGAGAAAUACGCGAAGGAAUCUUUAGAAGAGGAGGAUGAUUCUGACGAUGACAACAUGUAAUUUAAUUUCCUUUGUUUCUGCUCGACUACUCCAAUUGCUGUUUUUAUAUGUAUGGACCUGAACGUGUGGCAACUGGCAAUAAAACCACUGUUUACACA